AGCGUGCCUGGCUCGGUGCCCCGCCACCAAGUCGCGAUCAGGCAAGAGCGCCGGCCCGUCCCCGCCCAGUGCACACCGCAGCGGGUGUCGCCCGGUGCGCAGCAGCCCGCCAGAGCCAGCCAUGCCGCGGUCCGGGCUCCUCCUCACAGCCGCCGCGCUCGCCGGGCGCGCGCACGCGGCGGGCGAGGAGUGCACCGACUCGCAGGCGAGUUCCAAUUGCUGCGCUCCCUGGAAGGUCGCGGAGGGCUGGAGGUUCGACAAUGAUGACGCGUUCCCAGGUGGGCAGUGGACGGCCGAAGGCUCGGCCGCUCGCUGGGAUUACCCCGACGAGGCGUGCGGGGGCCAGGCGACUAAUCUCAAGUCGACAACCGCCACGAUCGACGUGGUCGUGACAGAGGACACCCCUGUCACCUUCUUCGUGACGGGCACCGCGGUGGCCCAGCUCGAGUCCCUGCAGAUCAGCUCAGUCCCUGCAGAUUCGUCCCUGUCAUCUCGGGCGCAACUGUUAAGACUAAGGAUGGCCUAGAUGGGAACAACUGCGCAGUCAAUGCUUGCGUCGAUUGCACUGUCACGCAGAGCUUUCCCCACACCUUGUCGGCGGGUCAGCACACCCUCACGCUGAAAGUUACGAGCAUGGACCAUCUUUUCCACUCGGACGCCUUCUGGCAGGUUGCCGUCGGCGCUGCCAAUGAGGUCUGUCAAGAAUGCAUCUGCGCACAGCGCGCGUUCGCACCACAGGUGGCAGCCUCCGCCGCGCCCUCCUCGGUCGACGAGUGCCCUCUCUCAGAUUCCUGCGGCGAGGGCGGCGCCGCUUUAGGGUGUGAUGGUGUUGGCUCGUGCCGCGAGCUCAUGAGCAGCGCCCUCGCGGCGCUCGCGAAGGGAGAGUCCUCGCCGGCCCAGGAC